GCAGAUUUGCGCUGUCCGACGCCACUGCGCAUGCCUACAGAACCCGGGCUCGGCCUGCUGUUUUUCUAACUCCAGAUCAGCCCAAGCACAGCCGUCUAAUUCAAAACAAGGACAUAAAAACGCAGAAACGGGGAAUUCAUGGGCUAAGAGUGAUCAUCUUCACUGUGGCCAGAAUCUGGGUCUGAUCACCUGUUUCGCUUGUUGAGGAAUUGUGCCUUUCUGUAAUUUUCCACAGGUGUGGUCUCGGACAGGAGCGCUGAUUGGCUGUGUGUUUAUUUGUAGGUGUGGUCUCGGACAGGAGCGCGGAUUGGCUGUGUGUUUAUUUGUAGGUGUGGUCUCGGACAGGAGCGCUGAUUGGCUGACAUGUGGCACCUUCACACCCGGACCCGGAGGAAACCAGAGCACCACGUGGGCUUCCGAUAACCCGGAUCCUGAUUGGCUCGUCUCGCACUGAGACCCUGCCCCUCCCCGUACUCCAAGGACGGAUCACAGAUGUCUACCUCACGUUUAAAGGGAAAACAAGCUGCACCGCGACCCUGAACAAGCUACAUCAUGACCUCCAGCAUAGACCGGGAUGACAGCAGCAUUUUUGAUGGGUUGAUGGAAGAAGAUGAGAAGGACAAAGCCAAACGAGUGUCCCGGAAUAAGUCUGAGAAAAAGAGGAGAGACCAGUUCAAUGUGCUCAUCAAGGAACUGGGAACCAUGUUGCCAGGCAACACACGCAAGAUGGACAAGUCCACCAUCCUGCAGAAGAGCAUUGAUUUCCUGCGUAAGCAUAAAGAAAUUGCAGCGCAGUCUGAGUCGAGUGAAAUCAGACAGGACUGGAAGCCUCCGUUCCUUAGCAACGAGGAGUUCACACAGCUGAUGCUGGAGGCUCUGGACGGUUUCUUCCUGGCAAUAAUGACUGACGGGAAUAUAAUCUACGUCUCUGAGAGUGUUACAUCCUUAUUGGAACACUUACCUUCGGACCUGGUGGACCAGAACCUGCUGAACUUCCUGCCUUUGGGGGAACACUCUGAGGUGUAUAAAGUCCUCUCUACACAGAUGCUGGAGGGGGAGACCCUAACCCCUGAGUACCUGAAGACGAAAAACCAGCUGGAGUUCUGCUGCCACAUGCUGCGUGGGACGAUCGAUCCCAAAGAGCCGCCCGUGUACGAGUACGUCAAAUUCAUCGGGAAUUUCAAAUCCCUCAACAAGGUGUCCAGCUCUACACGGAACGGGCUGGAGGGCGUGAUCCAGCGCUCCCUGCGCCCCGCCUUUGAGGAUCGCGUCUGCUUCAUCGCCACGGUCCGACUCGCCAAACCGCAGUUCAUUAAGGAGAUGUGUACAGUAGAGGAGCCUAAUGAAGAAUUCACCUCCAGGCACAGUUUAGAGUGGAAGUUUCUCUUUCUAGACCACAGGGCUCCCCCUAUAAUUGGCUACCUGCCUUUUGAGGUUCUGGGCACGUCAGGCUACGAUUACUACCAUGUGGAUGACCUGGAGACUCUAGCCAAAUGUCACGAACACUUGAUGCAGUAUGGGAAGGGGAAGUCCUGUUACUACAGGUUCCUGACCAAAGGCCAGCAGUGGAUCUGGCUGCAGACGCACUACUACAUCACGUAUCACCAGUGGAACUCUCGCCCCGAGUUCAUCGUCUGCACCCACACUGUCGUCAGUUAUGCGGAGGUGCGGGCGGAGCAGCGCAGAGAGCUGGGCAUUGAGGAGUCUCCCCCCGAAACUGCUGCGGAUAAGCAGAGUCAGGACUCGGGCUCCGAGUCCCAACUCAACACCUCCAGCCUGAAGGAGGCGCUGGAGCACUUUGAUCACAGCCGCACCCCCUCCGCCUCCUCUCGAAGCUCCAGGAAGUCCUCCUCCCACACGGCGGUGUCCGAUCCUGCCUCUACGCAGACCAAACUCCUGACUGACCAGAGCACGCCGCCACGCCAGUCCCUCUCCGCCGUAGAGAUGAGCUCCCAGCGCCGCUCGUCCGUCAGCAGCCAGCAGUCUAUGAGCUCCCAGAACACCAGUCAGAACCUGGCCCAGCCCAUGAUCACCCAGCCACAACCCCAGCAACAGGUGCAGCCCAGUGUGCAGUUCUCUGCGCAGCUUGGCGCCAUGCAGCACCUAAAGGAGCAGCUAGAGCAGCGCACGCGCAUGAUUGAGGCCAACAUCCAGCGGCAGCAGGAGGAGCUGCGCAAGAUCCAGGAGCAGCUGCAGAUGGUGCAGGGCCAGGGUCUGCAUAUGUUCCCCCAGCAGACAGGCGGGACCCUGAGUUUAGGAUCCACCCUCACCCAGGGUGGGGCCCUCACCAUGCAGGGUGGGGUGCUCCCUGCUGCCCCCCUCCAGACUGGCCUGGCGUCUGCUCAUGUUGUCCAGCAACAGCAAGCUCCGCCCCCCCAGCAGCAGGCUGCAGCCCAGCAACAGCAGGCCACGCCCCAGAACCUCCUACGUGAGCAGAGCUCCUCCCACACACAGUCCCAGCGUUCCUCUGGCUCUCUCCCAGCCUCGCUCUAUAACACCAUGAUGAUCUCUCCGCCGGGCUCUGCCAGCGUGGUCCAGAUCGCCACCAGCCUGGCACAGAGCAGCACCCAGAGUGGGGCGGUGGCCACCUUUACCCAGGACCGACAGAUCCGUUUCCCGGGAGGGCAGCCGCUGCUGACCAAGCUGGUGACGGCUCCGAUGGCAUGUGGGGCAGUGAUGGUGCCCACCACCAUGUUCAUGGGUCAGGUGGUGACUGCGUACAACGCCUUCGCACCGCAGCCUGGCGGCACGCAGACCAUCAGCAUCGGCCCGCCCCCGCAGCCUGCGCAGCCGCAGCCGCAGAACGCCGUCGCGCAGACGGGGCCUGCGCAGGCCCAGAUCACGCAGCAGACGCAGCAGUUCCUCCAGGCCCCUCGCCUGCUGCAGGGUAACCAGUCUACGCAGCUGAUCCUGCAGGCUGCAUUUCCUCUGCACCAGCAGAGCAGCUUCACUCCAGCGCCACAGCAACAACAACAACAGCAACAACAGCAGCAGCAGCAGCAACAGCAGCAACAACAGCAACUCUCCACUCACAGGACUGACAGCCUGUCAGACCGCUCCAACACACAGCCCCAGUAACCAAUCAGAUGCAUGGACUGAGUCAAACCCAGCCGUGAGGGGGAGGGGCAUGAAAUGCAGUAUUGGGACUGUACCUCUGGCCACUCCUGUCCCAGGUGCUGCUCACUGUGGGGGGCGGGGGGGGCAGGGGGAUGCUGGCUGUUUGCACUGAUAGAAGAAGGAACUGCCAUGCAUCACAGGGACACAACUCAUCACCAUGGCAACAGUACUGAACUUCUCACCACGGUAAUGGUGGAGAACUCUUCACCAUGGUAACGUACAGUGCUCUUUUGACAUGGCAACCAGAGAAGCAGCACUCAUUUUCCCUUUCCUCUCCAUGUUUCAUUUUGCCCAUCUAAUUGUCAUCCUCACACAGGCUGCACAUUUGGAACAGCUGUUAUAGGGAGGCUGUGCAGCUGAAACAGCUGUUAGAGCGAGGCUGUGCAGCUGGAAAGGCUGUUAGAGAAGGGCUACACAUCUGGAACAGCUGUUAGAGAAGGGCUACACAUCUGGAACAGCUGUUAGAGAGAGGCUGUGCAGCCGGAACAGCUGUUAGAGAGAGGCUGUGCAGCUGGAACAGCUGUUAGAGAAGGACUGUGCAGCUGGAACAGCUGUUUGAGAGCGGCUGUGCAGCUGGAACAGCUGUUAGAGAGCGGCUGUGCAGCCGGAACAGCUGUUAGAGAAGGACUGUGCAGCCGGAACAGCUAUUAGAGAAGGACUGCACAUCUGGAACAGCUGUUAGAGAAGGACUGUGCAGCUGAAACAGCUGUUAGAGAGAGGCUGUGCAGCCAGAACAACUGUUAGAGAGAGGGCUGUGAAGCUGGAACAGCUGUUAGAGAAGGACUGCACAUCUGGAACAGCUAUUAGAGAAGGACUGUGCAGCCGGAACAGCUGUUAGAGGAGGGCUGUGCAGCUGGAAAGGCUGUUAGAGAGAGGGCUGUGCAGCUGGAACAGCUGUUAGAGAAGGACUGCACAUCUGGAACAGCUAUUAGAGAAGGACUGUGCAGCCGGAACAGCUGUUAGAGAGAGGCUGUGCAGCCGGAACAGCUGUUAGAGGAGGGCUGUGCAGCUGGAAAGGCUGUUAGAGAGAAGCUGGAACAUCUGGAACAGCUGUUAGAGGCUGGAACAGCUCUGCUGGAGAAGGCCAAAUGACAGAGCUGGUUGUGUUCAUGUCAGAUAAUUAUGGGUCAGGAAAUACUUUUAAGAAUGUCAUGUGGAUUCUGCGUUAUUGUACAGACACCUGUAAAAUAAUAUGUAAAUAUCUGGACAAAAGGAAAGAGAACUAAUAUUUUAUAUGAUGCAUGGAAAGUGUAAUCUGUUAUUUGCAGCUUUUUUGUAGUAUUCUGAGGAAAAAACUAAAACGCUAAAAUACUACGGUUAAUAUUUUCAUGGACCUUUCCGUAAGACGUGUUCACCUGUACUGCAGUCAGCUGCAUGUUGUGUCACAGUUUGUUUAAUGGAGUGAUUUGUGUUUUAGUAAAAUUCUUGUCAUGGAUUUCAGAAAAAAACAUAUUUUUAAGAAACUUUGUUUUAAAAUGUGUUCCAAAGAAACACAAAAAAGUAAAAUGUAAAACUAUAAACUUAAAUGUGACAAAGUCAGAUUUUAAAAAUGUAAAUAAAAUGAGUAGAAGGCUUUGCAUGCUAAUAUAGAUUUAUGGUAAAAACAUCACUUGAAGUGCAGUGUUUUUAAGCGAAGUAGUCGUUCAUCACUUUUUAACAUUACCCUCAUGCUUCAUAACCGAUGACUUAAGAAUUCAUUAAUAUUCAUGAAUUCAAGAAAUUCAUGAACGCGUGAUACUCAUCGCGUGAUGUUCGUCGCGUGAUGCUCGUCCAGAAGAGGAUUAUCUCCUGCAUGUUUUCCAGCUUUCACCAUCAGCUGUGAGAGUUUAAUGAAGCUUUAUUGAAGCAUUAUUGAGGGAAUGGUUAACUAGUGUAGAAGACUACAUAAUGCUAAAUGGCAGUGCACCUCAAGUAGUCUCUGAAUUUGAGUGCCAAGUCUUUAGGCUUUUAGUUUUAAGUAUCUGAAAGUUUAUAGCAGUCUUGAUAUUUUCAAGUAAAAUGACCCCAAGAACAGAGUGUUAUAUUAAAAUUAGUUUAAAAUUUUAAUGAGUACCUUGAAAUAUUAAACAAUAUAAUCUCUUUAUUAAUCUUCA